CAACAUAAAGACUAAGAGCCAUGAAAACGAUUAUUGCUGCCUAUUCUAAAGAUCAUCAAGAAAAAUAAACCACAAGGACACCAGCAUUGUUGGAGCAGGUUAUCCCUUCAAUCUAUUCUGCACAAGAUCUCUGUUGCUUCUAUACUUCCCCAGCAACAACUGAACAAAUGCAUGCAGCUUUUCUCCAUAGUCCAAUGGAUCUUCACCUUCCUUAUAAUGGGUCUGCUGUUCCUCGUGCUUUUGGCAUACCUAUUUUUCACAAGCCUCUGGCCAGUUACUGCUCUAUAUGUGAGCUGGAUUGCAUUGGACUGGGAUACUCCGGAAGCAGGUGGGCGACGCAGUCUGUGGGUGCGGAGCUGGUCUGUAUGGAAUUAUUUUCGGGACUAUUUCCCCAUACAGCUGGUUAAGACUCAUAAUCUCCCACCUGGACGUAAUUACAUCAUUGGUUCACACCCACAUGGGAUCCUAUGCAUUGGAGCAUUCUGUAAUUUUGUCACUGAGUCCACAGGCUUCUCCCAAAAAUUCCCAGGAAUCCGCCCCUAUUUGGCAACGUUGGCAGGGAACUUUCGUCUACCUGUACUGCGCGAGUACAUGAUGAGUGGGGGCCUGUGUCCAGUAAAUAAAAGGGCUAUUAGUUAUGUACUCUCACAGCGUAGUCGUGGUAAUGCUGUAAUAAUUGUUGUGGGUGGAGCAGCAGAGUCCUUAUCCUGCCAUCCAGGGGUCAUUUCAGUGCUCCUAAGCAGGAGACGUGGCUUUAUACGCCUGGCACUUGAACAUGGGGCAGACCUGGUACCCUCCUUCUCUUUUGGAGAAAAUGACCUGUACCAACAAGUGCAAUUCUCAGAGGGCAGCUUUCUGCGCUCUGUUCAAUGCAAGUUUCAAAAACUUUUCGGUUUUGCUCCCUGUUUCUUUUAUGGUCGCGGCCUGACAUCCAGCCAGUCCAAGGGAUUCAUUCCUUACUCCCGGCCAAUCACCACCAUUUUGGGGGAGCCAAUCACUGUCCCCCGGAUACAGGACCCCAGCCCAAAGACUGUUGAUCAAUACCAUCAAAUUUACACUCAUGCUCUGCUCAAACUGUUCCAUGAGCAUAAAACCAAGUACGGACUGGGAGAGAAUGCAGAGCUGCGAAUCCUGUAACAUUCAAGCAAGAACCUUUGUGUGAAGAGAAGGCUUAAGCAAGGGAUGGAUAGAGUUACUGCUACAGCUCAAAUGAAUAUUUUGUGUGGAUCAAAACCUACAUUUAGUAUUUAGGUCUAAAGACACAAAUUACAUUUUUAUUAUAAUUCAAUCUAAAAAUUGGGUGUUCAAAAGGUAGACUGGCAUCUACCAGUAUUUCUCUAAUUGCAACCAAUAGAUCAAAAGACGUUUGUGUGAUUUCCCUUUCAGCAAGUAUAUUCUGUGUCUCUACACUGGCCUCCAUUAAAAUUGGUGAUAAUGCACAAGAAUAUAUUAGUCCAUGUAUUAAACAAAGAUCAUUUUUGUGUUUCAGCUUAGAUUUAUUUAUGGUUUGUACAUGAGGAUAACUAGUUCACUUCACAUAAAUUUAGACACACUCUUAAUGAAGUAUUUGUACUCUGCAGGUUACUAAAAUAAACUCUUCAUAUCAGACACACACACAUUGCUCUUCACAUUACAAACUAAUUGAUCUUCAUGCAACAUACUGUGCUCUGUAAAUGAUGAGUUAUUGUUAUACAGCACACCAUGAUCUGCAUUUUAGUAAAAAAAAAAGCUUGGUGUGUUAAGGGAUCACUGUCAGUGUCUUUUUAAAGUCCAUUAAACCUGUUGAUAUGUUGUGCUA